AUGGGCUGGCGGCUGCUGUCCGCCGUGCUGCUGGCCCUGGCGCUGGCCGGCCCCACGGCGCGGGCGCAGAACGAUACCGAGCCCAUCGUCCUGGAGGGCAAGUGCCUGGUGGUCUGCGACUCCAACCCGGCCACCGAUGCCAAGGGCUCGUCCUCCUCCCCGCUGGGCAUCUCCGUGCGGGCGGCCAACUCCAAGGUCGCUUUCUCGGCAGUGAGGAGCACCAACCACGAGCCCUCCGAGAUGAGCAACAAGACGCGCAUCAUCUACUUCGACCAGAUCCUAGUAAAUGUGGGCAAUUUUUUCACGUUGGAGUCUGUCUUUGUAGCACCAAGGAAAGGAAUUUACAGUUUCAGCUUUCAUGUGAUCAAAGUCUAUCAGAGUCAAACAAUUCAGGUUAAUUUGAUGCUGAAUGGAAAGCCAGUUAUUUCUGCUUUUGCUGGGGACAAGGAUGUCACACGUGAAGCUGCCACCAAUGGAGUCCUGCUCUAUCUAGACAAGGAGGAUAAGGUUUACCUGAAGUUGGAGAAAGGUAACCUGGUUGGCGGAUGGCAGUAUUCUACAUUUUCUGGCUUUCUGGUCUUUCCUCUGUAA